GGAGGCGGCGGCCGCGGCGGGGAUCUCGCGAGGCUUGGAGUUUUGGCGAGAGUUUGUGGAAGAUGGCGCCUGUUGUGACAGGUUAUUGAAAUUUUGUAUGAGACUGACAUUGAAAUGGAAGCAUUAUAGUUCUUCGGAGCCAUUAUGAUCUCCAGGGGAAAGGAGAAUGAUACACUGGCUGAGGUGUUUUGAGGUGCAUCGAAGUGUGCCGAGCCGUGGCUCACCUUAACAUGUUCUUGAAGUACCAUGGCGUGGAUUAAAAGGAAAUUCGGUGAACGGCCUCAACCUAAACGCCUCACUAGGGAAGCAAUGAGAAACUAUCUAAAGGAGCGAGGUGAUCAAACCGUACUAAUCCUCCAUGCAAAAGUUGCACAGAAGUCUUAUGGAAAUGAAAAAAGGUUUUUCUGUCCUCCUCCUUGUGUAUAUCUUAUGGGCAGUGGAUGGAAGAAAAAAAAAGAGCAAAUGGAACGUGAUGGUUCUUCUGAACAAGAAUCUCAGCCAUGUGCAUUUAUUGGAAUAGGAAAUAGUGACCAAGAAAUGCAGCAGUUGAACUUGGAAGGAAAGAAUUAUUGCACAGCCAAAACACUGUAUAUAUCUGACUCAGACAAGCGAAAACAUUUCAUGUUAUCUGUAAAAAUGUUCUAUGGCAACAGUGACGACAUUGGUGUGUUCCUCAGUAAACGGAUCAAAGUCAUCUCCAAACCUUCUAAAAAGAAACAAUCAUUGAAAAAUGCUGACUUGUGCAUAGCUUCAGGAACAAAAGUGGCAUUAUUUAAUCGGCUUCGAUCCCAGACAGUCAGCACCAGAUAUUUACAUGUAGAAGGAGGGAAUUUCCAUGCCAGCUCACAACAGUGGGGAGCAUUUUAUAUUCAUCUCUUGGAUGAUGAUGAAUCAGAAGGAGAAGAAUUCACAGUGAGAGACGGCUAUAUCCAUUAUGGACAGACUGUCAAACUUGUGUGUUCAGUUACAGGCAUGGCACUCCCAAGAUUGAUAAUUCGAAAAGUUGAUAAACAGACCGCAUUACUAGAUGCAGAUGAUCCAGUGUCCCAGCUACAUAAAUGUGCAUUUUAUCUUAAGGAUACAGAAAGAAUGUAUUUGUGCCUUUCCCAAGAGAGAAUAAUCCAAUUUCAAGCCACUCCAUGCCCCAAAGAACCAAAUAAAGAGAUGAUAAAUGAUGGAGCUUCCUGGACAAUCAUUAGUACAGAUAAGGCGGAAUAUACAUUCUAUGAGGGUAUGGGACCUGUCCAUGCUCCAGUAACACCUGUGCCUGUUGUAGAAAGUCUUCAGUUGAACGGUGGUGGAGAUGUAGCAAUGCUAGAACUCACAGGACAGAAUUUCACUCCAAAUUUACGUGUCUGGUUUGGGGAUGUCGAAGCCGAAACUAUGUACAGAUGUGCAGAGAGCAUGCUGUGUGUCGUCCCAGACAUUUCUGCAUUCCGAGAAGGCUGGAGGUGGGUUCGUCAGCCAGUGCAGGUCCCAGUAACUUUGGUUCGUAAUGAUGGGAUAAUCUAUUCCACCAGCCUGACCUUUACAUACACGCCGGAACCAGGGCCACGGCCACACUGCAGCGCGGCCGGAGCGAUCCUUCGAGCCAAUUCGAGCCUGAUGGCCUCUAACGAACCAAACACAAACAGCGAGGGAGGUUACACAAGCGUCAGCACAAACCCAACCAACGUCACGUCGUCCGCAGCCACGGUGGUAUCCUAACUACCGCUGGGACCUAGGACCUGACUCUGCAGU